UCAACCAAGAUAACAACCCUGACAAUCUAGACUUAACUUCUUCCUCCUCUUCCACGCCGCACUCCCGAAGAUCCGCAAGUCACGCAAGUGGAAACGGGAAUUUCCAGACCGACACCAUGUCUGAGGCUUAUUUCCCGGUGGAGUCGGGUGCGCUGGGGGCUGAGGAGAACUUUCUUUCCCUGGACGACAUCCUGAUGUCCCAGGAAAAGCUACCGGUGCGCACGGAAACAGCCAUACCUCGCCUCGGAGUUUUCUUCCCGGAGUUGAGCGGAGGCGCCGAGACUGACAACGCGAUCUCUCAGGGCUCGAAGCUGGAAAUCCCCCUGUGGCUGGCCAAAGGACUUUUUGACCACAAGCGGCGGAUCCUUUCGGUGGAGCUUCCCAAGGUCUAUCAAGAGGCUUGGAGGACCGUGUUCAGUGCCGACGCCAAUGUGGUGGACCUCCAUAAGAUGGGGCCGCAUUUCUACGGGUUCGGCUCCCAGCUCUUGUAUUUUGACAGCCCGGAGAAUGCGGAGAUUUCCCAGUCUCUCCUGCAGACAUUUAUUGGACGUUUUCGCCGCAUCAUGGACUCCUCUCAGAAUGCUUACAAUGAAGACACGUCCGCCCUGGUAGCCAGGCUGGAUGAGAUGGAGAGGGGCUUAUUCCAGACAGGCCAGAAGGGACUGAACAACUUCCAGUGCUGGGAGAAGGGGCAGUCUUCUCAGAUCACGGCCUCCAGCCUCGUGCAGAACUACAAAAAGAGGAAAUUCACCGACAUGGAAGACUGAUGGCCAGGAGGGCAUGGAGUUACUCCGUGUAGACUGAGGGUGCCCCUGGACUUUCUGACCCUGUUGACCCCCCAGGCCCGACCUACGUAACCCAAGAGCCCUGCUGAAGAGAGAGCCGCGUCCUUCCUCUGAACAACGCUCUUUCAAACAUACGACCCCUUGCUCUCGUGAGUCAGAACUGGGAGCCCUUGCACCUGGCAACUUGGACAGCCUCACAGGUCCACUUUCAUUAGCCCCCCGACUGGACAUCUUGGUAUGUUCACAAAACAGUCCCCUGAGCUUCUUUGUCUCGUCCUCCAGGUAGUUGUAGGAAGGACAGAACCCUGGAGCUGCUGGCCUGACUUGUAACCGUCCCCUGCCACCUGCCAAUGGGGAGUUAGAGCCCGAUUUCCAAACACCAUCCCCAGAUUCCACGCUGCAAUGUUGUAUGUAAGACAUGUGACUGAUGGUUUGUGGAUGGAAAUAGCAACGGCGGGUGAAUGGCCUGGCUUUUACCAAGGGGAGAGAGACAAUGCUCUUGCUCUCAUGUCCUCUGAUGAGAGCUCCCAUAGCGCUCCUGCCAACUUGGCGGGGCAGUGAUUAAACGGAGCUUGUUUUUGUCUCUUGACAUUUUGGGAUCCUCUCUCCAUUCGUUACUCCAUUCCCUCCCUAGAAAAGCUGUCAGAAAGCCAUGUAGAAUUGCAAAGUAAUUAUUAAAGGGUGUUUACCAGCCAUGAUUACAUCUGGAAAUCGGGACUUUGGGCUUGCUGGUGAUGAAGAGCCUUGUUUGAGAAGCUUUACAGGGCAAAGCUAAGAAAGCAAGAGACCAUGGUGUGUGUGUGUGUGUGUGUGUGUGUG